AUGCAGAGACAGCUCCGUUGGGACGAUAUUGAUCGUCAUUCGUCGUCAGUGACCGAGCCGCCCCUAUUGAUUCUCCGCAAUCUGCAUGAUAACCCGCGCUUGGCUUCUCUACUCUACUACAUAUCAUUAGGACACUUAUCUCAGGAAGACAAAGUUCGCGCGCAAUACGGGCGCGGGCAGGUAUGGCGGCGUAUCGAUUCAGAGGCGCCUUUAGUCGGCGUCCGUCGCGCGAGGCGCCGCGCUGCGCCGAGCGGCGACCGACCUCCGCCCCCCCCCUCCCUCCCCGUCCCCCGCAGCCCGCGACCCCCUCAGCCCCCGACACACACCACACGCCUCCCCUUGCACAGUGAAUCUCGUCGCCGGCAAACUCGACCGACCUCUUCACGCCGGCUAACGUCGCCGCUCUCGUUUCCCGCCAGCAUGAGAUGCGGUCGAGUGAGCGCGGCAGGCGAGCAUGGGCGGGCGCGCUGCCGGCUGCGUAAGCGCAGGGAGAUGGAUUGCUGUAACUACGGGCAGUACGGCGGUGCGGCCGCAGGCUGGGAGGGUUACGGGUACCCGCCGAUGCCGUACGGCCCCUACCACUACUACUCGCCGCACGCGCACGACUACACGCGUUACUACCGAUAUGACUACGCGCAUCACAUGCACCACAAUGAACAUGCCAUGCCCAUGGAUUACGGCGCAUACGCAGUCAAGGAAGCUCGAUCCCGUCGUUCUUUAUCACGAAGGGAGCUGCGUGCACUGCCUCCUACACACUUACCUCUACCGCACACGCCACCUCUAGAAUGUGGACUAACUGGGCGAGGUCCUGCUUAUUGCGAGCCACAGAUGUGGUCUCCAUAUCAGAUGGGAAUGAUGAGUGGCAGAGGCUGGAGUGGGGCCAAUACAAUAAAUGGGUCGUGGUCUACGCGAAGCAUGUGUUUGCGGGAGCCCGUACGUUACACGUCUGAUUGUCGCUUAAUGAAGGGUUCUAAUGUUCAUCAAAUACAAAAUCAAAUGGUUCCUCAGGAAGGAAGGUCAACUCCCUAUCCAGUGUAUGAUGAAUCUCAUUAUAACGGAGAUAAUGGAGUUAAGCAAAAUAGUUGUCACGAUUUCAACGGAAGAGUCAUCCCCCUUCCAGAGCCGAGUCAUCCUUUACGUGAAUCUUUUAUUCCUGAACAGCGGCGUCUACCUCCUGAAGAAAAGCGACCUCCAGUAGUACCGUUACCCGCCUUCCAACAAGCCUUUGGAUCGACGGAGAUAGGUAAAUUUGCCGAGGCCUUCAGUCGUGCCGAGGUGGUUCACGAUGCAGAGGAUUCAUCAGAUAACUUUGUAUUCGAGUCUUUUCACGACUGGGAAGGCGUUUCCGAAGAGCAAUGGACCUCGCAGCCUACACCAAAGGAAAUAAAAUGUGAAGACAACUUUUGA